UUAACAUUUUUCCAGUGGGUGAUUUGAAUAGCUUGUGUAACUUGUCUGGAUUUCUUGAUGGGUUUUUUGGAUUUGAUGAAGUUUGAGAUGUGAGAAUUGCUAAGUAUGAUUUUUUGGGGGGUUUUUGAAAAUAGGAUUUUAGUGUAGUUUUUAUGUACUUUAUUUGGGAGCAUGUAUGGUGGAUAUUUACUUCAGUUACAAGUCACAGUCAUCUAUUUUUAGUUGCUUUAUCUGACUUUUUUGAAACAGUACCAGACCAAAAAACUUGUGGACUUCAAUUACCUACAUCUAUAUCCCGUUUGAUUGUUGGAGAGAAAAAAAAAAAAAAAAAAAAAAGAAGAAAAAAAAAAAAAAAAAAGAACAUAUCCAGAAAAUUUUUGUUAGAGGGGUUAAUUUGAAUCUCCAAGUUUGAGAAUGAGACUCAGAGUCAAAGUUUUGUUUUGUUUUUCCAAAUUUCAUUGAGGAGGAUCAUUUCAUUACCUUCUUCAAUUUGUUCAAAUUUUUCUAGUUUGUGAAAGCUUUGCAAUAUCCUUAUGUUCAUUGGCACUUUGUUCUGGGUUUACAGUCAAUGGCAAAACUAUCCCACCAUUCUCAGUUUCUAGUUCUUGUUAUCAUUUUGCUUUCAAUUUGUCAUUCUGAGCAAGCUCAAUCCUCCCAAUCUCAGACCCUUCUAAGAAUUCAGGCACUUUUAAACUUUCCAACCAUUUUAAGUGGCUGGGAUAACAAUACAGAUUUUUGUAACUCUGAACCAACUUCAUCUUCCAGUGUUAUUUGCUAUGAAGGAAGCGUAACCCAACUCCAUAUAAUUGGGAAAAAGGGAGCUCCUCUGUUGCCUCGGAACUUCUCUAUAGAUUCCUUCAUGACAACUCUUGUCAAGCUUCAAGAUUUGAAAGUCUUGACAUUGGUUUCUCUUGGUUUAUGGGGACCUUUGCCUGGUAAAGUCUCGCGUUUACCGUCAUUGGAAAUACUCAAUGUGAGUUCGAAUUUCCUUUAUGGUGCCAUCCCUCAGGAGCUUUCGUCAUUGACAAGCCUCCAAACAAUCAUUCUUGAUGAUAACAUGUUCUCUGGUAGGCUGCCAAAUUGGUUGAGUUCAUUCUCAGUUUUGGCCGUUUUGAGUUUGAAGAACAAUCUGUUCAAUGGUUCUUUGCCAACUUCUUUUUCUGAUCUGGAAAAUCUAAGAAUUCUUUCCCUUUCACAUAACCAUUUUUAUGGUCAGGUUCCUGAUUUUAGUCACUUGACAAACCUUCAAGUUCUUGAAUUGGAAGAUAAUGCAUUUGGACCGCAGUUUCCUCGACUUGGAAACAAGUUGGUUACCCUUGUACUGAGUAAGAACAAGUUUAGGUCUGGUAUUCCUGCUGAAGUGAGCUCCUAUUAUCAGCUUCAAUAUCUGGACAUCUCUUUCAAUACGUUUGUGGGGCCAUUUCCGACAUUGUUGCUGUCGCUGCCUUCCAUUACUCAUCUAAAUAUUGCAGAAAACAAACUCACAGGAAUGCUUUUCGAUAACCUAUCUUGCAAUGCUGAUCUUAAAUUUGUAGAUUUGUCCUCAAAUUUUUUGACUGGGAGUCUACCCAACUGUCUUGUGCCUGACUCUAAGGACAAGGUUGUACUGUUUUCUAGGAAUUGUUUAGCAACUAGGAAACAAAAUCAGCAUCCAUUUCCAUUUUGUCGAAAUGAGGCUUUAGCAGUGGGAAUCUUACCAGAUAGAAAGAAACAAAAGCAAGCUUCGAAAGCAGUUCUAGCCCUGGGUAUAAUUGGAGGUGUAUUCGGAGGGAUUGCACUUGUUGGUUUAAUUUUCUUAAUAUAUAGAAGACUCAGUUCCAAGAGGGCAAUUAACAAAUCUCCAACAAGAUCAAUAACAGAGAACGCGUCAUCUGGUUAUACCUCUAAGUUGCUCUCUGAUGCAAGGUAUAUAUCUCAAACAGUGAAGCUGGGAGCACUUGGUCUUCCAGGUUAUCGAACCUUUUCAUUGGAAGAACUUAAGGAGGCGACAGAUAACUUCGAUUCGUCUGCUUUUACGGGUGAAGGUUCUCAUGGACAGUUGUACAGAGGACAGCUGAAGGAUGGCUCUCUUGUUGUCAUUAGUUGCCAAAAAAUGAAAAAAAGCCAAAGCACUCAAAAUUUUAUGCAUUACCUAGAGUUGAUUUUGAAACUCAGACAUCGCCAUUUGGUCAGUGCUCUUGGACAUUGUUUCGAAUGUUACCUGGAUGAUUCUAGUGUCAGCAGAAUAUUUCUCAUCUUUGAAUAUGUACCAAAUGGGACACUUAGGAGCUGGAUAUCUGAGGGUCGUCCAAGACGAUCGCUUAAUUGGAUGGAUCGCAUUGCAGCUGCUAUAGGCAUUGCAAAGGGUGUACAAUUUUUGCAAUCAUUGAUGAUACCUGGUGUAAAUUCAAACAAUCUUGAGAUAACAGACAUUUUACUGGAUCUAAACCUUGUUCCGAAAAUUAGCAGCUAUAACCUCCCUUUUUUAGGUGACAACAUGGUUAAGUUUGGUCAUGGAAUUUCUUCGGGUGGAUCCAGAGAUCUCAGCAUUGAUACAAGGUUGGAACAGGAAAACAAGAAUGAUAUUUACAACUUUGGAGUGAUACUAUUAGAAAUCAUCAGGGGGAAACCAAUAAAGUCUGCAGAUCAAGUGGAUGUACUCAGAGAUCACAUACAACUAGCAGUUACAGCUGAUUAUUCAGCUAGAAGAAGCGUCGUUGAUCCAGCAGUUAAUAAGGUUUGCUUGGAUCAAUCAUUGAAGACAAUGAUGGAAAUAUGUAUUAGGUGUUUGCUUAAGAACCCAGAAGACAGACCUUCAGUUGAGGACGUGCUGUGGAACUUGCAGUAUGCUGCUCAAGUUCAGGAUGCAUGGAGGGGUGAAUACCGAAGCAGCGAGGACUCUUCAAUCUCACCUUAACAACCUCAAAAACCCUUCACUUUCACUAUUCCAAACAUUUUAAAAAAAAAGAAAAAAAAGAAAGAAAAGAAAAAAAGUUCACUUUCUUGUGAUUUUAGACUUUAAUGUUUCACUUGUUAAUCCCCUUGUGGGAUUUUGUUGAUGUUUCAUGAUGACAGGGGAAAGAGCUAGAUCAAUAAUAAGCGAGUCAAUGCAAAGUUAUUACAAAUUUUCAAAUUCCUUUGUGAUAAAUAUGAUCUGCAGCUAGGAGUCCUGUUCAUUUCUGAAAUUUCUGUGAUUACCAAGUCUUUUUAUAUCUCUUUGACUGAUUGAUGGAAGUUGUAAAAUCAAAUUUUGAUGUCUAUAAAGAAUCCCGAGUUUUGUACAA